AAGAGUUUAGAGAGAGAGAUUUCUUCUGUGGGGUAUUUCUUUUUUUUUUUGGAUUUUAUUUUUAUUUUUUUUCCUUGGUGCCGUGAGCUAUAUCAAGCUUUGAAUUCUCAUCGCCAAUGGUGUCGGACCAGGAAAUAGCGAAAGGGGUCGAGACCCUUCUCCGUCAAUCCGACCCGAAUUCGCUCACGUCCUUUCACGGCGUCGUUCAACAGCUCGAGGCCAAGCUAGGGUUAGACCUAUCGGAGAAGACAGGGUUCAUUCGCGACCAGAUCAACCUCCUCCUCGGCGCUCACCCCUCCGCCGCCGACGCAACCGCCUCCGCCGUGCAACCGUCUCCUCCUCCGCCGCAGUCCGCCGUCAAUGUGCCUGCAAAAUCCCACUUCGCCCUCCACCACCCUUCGCAAUACCAUCAUGAUAAUCAGCCCCAUCAAUUCCCUUCCCAUUUUGGCCUUCAGCCUCCCCACCACUCCUAUGACCUCAAUUUCCAACAGCCUUAUCCGGUGCCUGUCCCGCAGAUUCCGCCUUCGCAGCAGCCGCAGUUGCGGGCUACUCAAGGCGUGAACGCUGCUGUCUCUGUUGAUCAAGUUAAGGCCCCGAAAGAAAGUGCUCCAGCUGGAUCCAAGAGAAAGGGUGGUCCCGGGGGUCUUAAUAAAGUCUGUGGGGUGUCUCCUGAACUUCAGGCCAUAGUUGGGGAACCCGAUCUUCCAAGGACUGAGAUUGUGAAGCAAUUAUGGGCUUAUAUAAGGAAGAACAACCUCCAAGAUCCGAGUAACAAGCGGAAGAUCAUAUGUGACGACGCACUGCGAGUUGUUUUCGAGACAGAUUGCACUGACAUGUUUAAAAUGAAUAAGCUGCUCGCAAAACAUAUUCUCCCGCUUGACCCGACAAAGGAAACUGGUCAAGCCAAACGGGUAAAAGUGGAUGUCGAGUCUAAGACUGAAGAAACCACAGAGGCUGUCAGUUCAACUAUUGUACUAUCUGAGUCCCUUGCUAAGUUCUUUGCAACAGGUGAGACAGAGAUGGUGGAAACAGAAGUUAUGAAGCGUGUUUGGGAACACAUAAAACUCAAUCACUUGGAGGAUCCCUCGAAUCCAAUGGCAAUCCAGUGUGAUGAAAAGCUUAGGGAUCUUCUUGGAUGUGAAAGCAUUUCAGCUGUGGGGAUAAAUGAGAUGCUGAGGCGUCAUAUGUACAAGCGGUCGUGAUAUCAGAUGGGCUGACUUUAAUUAGUAGUAGUGUGCGACUAGAACUCUGAUAGGAAGAAACCUUUUUUUUGCUUAACUUGCUUAUGUUUCUUUAAUCUUCCUUCGUGUUAUCUGUUUAGCUGGUUGUGUAUCGACAUGGUUAGGGUGAAUAUCGUAUUUACAAUACCCUGGAUAUCUCUGGCUCCUGUUUAGUCGGGAAAUGUAGCUCAUGGGCAAACCGCGAGGAUAUUUUGUAUUUAUGCCUUUUGCCCUUCGAUGUGUAGAACCAUGUUCAAUUUA